AUGGGUUCGGUUGAGGAGAAGCUCAAAACUGGAUGCUUGCUUGAUGAGAUGAAGCUGCUGGAAGAGCUGCAGGAUCACUCUGGGUCCCGGAAGGCUAUAAAUUCGGAGCUGUGGCACACCUGUGCCGACCCGCUUGUUUGUUUGCCGCAGGUUGGGAGUCUCUCGUACUACUUCCCCCAAGGACAUAGCGAACAGGUGGCGGUUUCGACGAAAAGAACAGCAACCUCACAAAUCCCCAACUACCCGAAUCUCCCGUCCCAAUUGCUAUGUCAAGUUCAAAAUGUUACACUGCAUGCAGACAAAGAAACUGACGAAAUCUAUGCACAAAUGAUCCUUAAACUAGGCAGCAGAAAAGCUCUUUCCUCCACUGGCCACUGCACCAAGACAUUGAUUGACGAUGAGAAUCCUUCGGUUUUGUUUGUUAAGUUUGCGCCUAAUGGAAAGUACAUUCUUGUUGGCGCUUUGGAUGACACUCUGAGGUUCUGGAACUUUUCAACUGGGAAAUGUCUAAAGACUUACACCGGUCACAAGAGCUCAAGAUUCUGCAUUUCUUCCGCAUUUUCUGUGACAAAUGGGAUAUACAUUGUAAGUGGUUCUGAAGAUAAUUGUCUGUACUUGUGGGAAUUGCAAAGCAGGAAGGUAGUUCAGAAAUUGGAAGGUCACACUAACACUGUUAUAUCAGUAUCAUGUCACCCAACUAAGAAUAUAAUUGCUUCUGGUGCACUUGGGAAUGACAAGACUGUGAAGAUCUGGACUCAGGAGAACUGA